GCUUUUUUUAGUGUAAAAUGCGGCGCAGGGACAGCGUCACAGUCUUUGUGUAUAAAAUAGUCAGUCAAGGUCUUUUUAAGUCAAAUCUUUUCAACGCAAAUAUAUAUUUCAACUGUGUUGCUUUUAUUAGUGGAGGUGGAGGAAUCUCAGGUGCUGAAGGUGGAGGCACUAAUUCAGACGAGACUGGACUGGGACUGGUGGUGCCAAAUAUGCAAGUUUCAGUAAGAAAGCCGUACGUGGCGGCGGUGACGGUGGUUGCUUUGUUUCUGUUCCUCGUCUAUUGGAGCAAUAAAUCUCACCCUCUGGUCGGCCGCAGCUCACUGGACCCGGAGCUGAUUCAGCUGCUGCGGGAUGAGCUCAUAACCUCACCCUCCGAGCUGGCCUACGAGCUGCAGCAGCCCGACGUACCCGACCCGUCCGUCGGACAGUCACAGCUCAUACUGGAGAUACUCGGCAACAAGACGGGCGGCACGUUUAUCGAGUGCGGCGCUCUGGACGGCGAGACGCGCUCCAACACUCUCUAUAUGGAGCGCUACCUGGGCUGGCGCGGACUGCUGAUCGAGCCCGACCCCAGCAACUACCAGCUCAUGAUGAAGAAACACCGGCACGCCUGGACCGUGCCCGCCUGUCUGUCAGGCAGCACCGUGUCCGAGGUAACGUUCAAGCAAGACUUCAACAUGGGUAUGAUUGACGACGGUUUGCCGGCGCGGGGAAAGCCGGCUCGUGGCAAGCGCACACAUUACGCCAAGGUCCUGUGUGUGCCGCUAGAGGCGCUACUUCUGGCGCUGAGAUGGAAAACGGUCGACUACUUCAGUCUGGAUGUUGAAGGGCACGAGUACGCAGUGCUGGCUGCACUGCCGUUUGAUCGGCUGGACAUAAGGACGCUCUCUGUGGAGUUUCGUCACGUGCCUGAGGGUAAGGAGGCCAUCCGCCGACUAAUGGAAUCCAAAGGGUACGAGGUGUAUACGGAAAUCACGCACCACGACGACCUGGCCAACGACUUUAUCUUCCGACGGAAAACGUAGUGCUGUGACCCCGCUGACGUCGUACGGCGGCCGGGCCGACGACGGCCUCUCUGUGAUGGGUGCUGCGGUGCAGUGUCUGCGGUGUAGUCUGUGUGAUAAGUUAAAGAGCGUGAGCGGUCAGGGUAACGUGUGGCGUGUGUUUUUAGAUGAAAACUUUUCGGUGCGUGGGUAUGAAAACAUUAGGUUUUGACAGCUACCAAAGUGCAUUAUAGAAAUGGUUUUAAUUAAUAUUGUAUCGCAGCACGCAUUACAAGUAAUAAUAAGGAUAGUAUUAGUUGUGCCAAUGCGAGAAACAUAUGUCUCCUUCAGUCAUAGUCGCCUUCCGUACCAACGAUGUGGUUUUAAACAGGUAUUAUAAUUAUUUAAUGCGAUGCAUACGCGUUGUCGCAAAUAUCUUAGUCACCCGCCCACAUGUUUGCUGUGUUUGCAUGUUCCGUUCUGCCUUUCACAUGUUUGUUUUAUCUUUCCAAGCAUCGUUUUGUUUUGCCGUUUUGCCUGUCAAAGUCUGUUUUUGGUGUUCGCAUUGUUUCGCAAUCCCUGUUAAUGAGCUUUUUCAUACCGGUGGCUUGGGCUCUUGUUUUUAUCUAGCCAUGCGGCGCCCAACAUUGAGGGAUUGCUAAGAAUAAUGCGAUAGUCCCGAUAUAUUCAACGGGCAUGGAGCAUAUACGAGGAUUUGUACGUGCUUCUUUUAAAGGUAGUGUGCCACCUUUGAAAGAUUUCCCGUUUUAUUUUUCCUAGGAUAAGAAGCUUCUGUUUUUACCUAAUAUCGCAAAAAAAAAAAUCAAAAAUGGGCCUGGAAUAGUGCCUUUUUCGCCUAAAAGUUUAUCGGUUUUUAGAUAUGUAUAACAACUGUAGUGGGCUCACCUGCAAACAGGCGUCGGGCAACAAUCGCGAAUGCGGCGCACUUGUGACAAUAAGCAAAGGUCAUUAUAGUGUUACGACCAUACGACGUACGGGAAUGAGUUAUCAGCUGUCUAAUCGUAGACAACACAAUGUCGAGCCUUAAACUGUAAGCCUGUAUUGGUAUUGUUUCUUAAAUUUGGCUGUCGAACAUUAAUUUGUGGUUUGAAAUAUGAUUUUAUGUAAAAUAAUUGAUAUGAAACAGCCGUCUCUUAAGUUAUGACCCCAUUACACCACACGCAAGUGGCAGAAAUGACAAUGAUCAGCUGACGCAUUUUUCUUGGCCGAAGUCAGAGCGCGCGGCCCGACGCACCACGCGUAUUUGGAAAUUCCGACCUCGACGAGCAUCAGAAGCCACCUAACAGGCGUGUUCGAAACCGCAGGAGAUGAUGAUGAACGGGUUUAUCGAAACUUGAUUGGAUGAGCCUAUCGGUAAUAGCGAUUUUAGUGUGUGCAUUUAUUGUUCAUAGUGGUGUGAAAUGUGGUUGGGGUACGACCGACAACCCGUCCGGGCGAAUUUCGCACUGGGGUACUCAAAAUUUGAAGAAUUUAAGACGUUUCCGUAAGUUUUGAAGGUAUGGAUAAGUUCUAAAAAUCCGGUUCUCCUUAUCCGGGUCAUUAACUCCAUAUGGUCCAAGAAAGCUGGCACACUACCUUUAACAGUCUUUCGUGUUGUGGUGCCCAGUACUACCAAAAGCUAAUGUCUCGCAUAUGGGUCAAAUAGUAUAUUUCGGGGGUAUUAUACGGGUAUAAUGGGUGGUCUGACAUUUAACUCUCCAUUAUGAAGGGUAGCAUGAAUUACUUAGGCGGGGCAUAAAAUGACACGGUGACCUGUUGUGGUGACACAACAGUGACGACGCAGUCACCUCUGCUAUCAACUCUGAAACCGACGAGAAAUGUAUCAUUUCUCGUAGAAUGUGGCACUGUGUCCAAUCCACAUAUGGUACUUCAUCUAUGUUGGUCACAAUCCCAACAACACUUGGACUAUUAGUACCAGGGUGAUAGAAACAUUCAUUACAGUAAAUCUCACUCAUUCUGAUAUAAUCAUAGGGCUAUAUACUGGAUACGGCCAUAGAUACUGGACAACAGAGUGCUUUUUAAAAAGAUAUUUGUAUAUGAGAUUCAGUCCAUGGGCAUGCAGGAUUGUUACAAUGUUUGAAAUCUCGCCUGACAGCAAUGUGCCUCAGCUCGAUUAGAUGCGAAUCGCAAUGUCAUUACAAGAUCGCCUGUUCAAAUAUAAACUCACACUGUUCGUCAUACUGACGAUCGCGUGUUGCACUGUUAGUCAUCGUCAAUUCGUGUAAAUAAAAAGUUCACUCAGUUUGUUACUUCAAUGGGUACGAACAG